UGUUUUGACUCUUGGAAAAGUCAGGCAAUCUGGCAAUACUGGGUCUGCAGCUCCCACAUAGCAGUUAUUGGCUGGAGCUGAGUGUAGCUGCCUGCUUUACAUGCACUGUGUGCCAUCUGUUUGUUGCUGUCCCCACUACGCCCACAGAGGAAACGUGGUCACCCGCAGUCGGAAUUACAGGACCCGAGGACCUGGCUGGCUCGAGAGGUCUCUGGGACCUCGAAUGUAUGAACACCCACCCAGGGAUAAUUUUUAUCUCACCUAUUUUACUAACUUUUAGCAGCUUAGUGAGGUAAGAAUUAUUUCCAUCUUACAAGAAAGAGGAUCAGGUAAGUGUCACAUGAACCCAAUAGCAGCUUAGCUGGGAUCCAAACCCAGGCCUGCCUGCCUGCCUAGAAGCCUGGAAUUUUACAAAAUCUGAGCUAAACUCACUGCCCAGCUCCCAUCCAUUCGUCCAAAACACCACUCACAGGGCACUCUGACUUCUUGUUACAUCACCUGCUCAGUCACAACUGGGAUGAGGGCGGAGUGUGGCCCAGCCUGCCAGGUCCCCAGGGGCAGCCCUGCCAGCCUAGCCCAGGCUGGCCAGCUUAGCUACACACACACCAUGAAGUACCCACUGAUGCCACUGGUGAACAACAUCACAUUUUCUUUUCUGGUUUUCUGGCUCUGCCUGCCCGUGGGCUUGCUGCUGUUCUUAUUGAUCGUCUGGCUGCGCUUCUUACUUAGCCAAGAUUCAGAGGAAAAUGACUCCAGUUUAUGCUUCGAUUGGGAGCCAUGGAACAAAGGGCCAGCUGAGUUUUGCUGGGAGGGGACACUCUAUAGCCGAGAAGAGGAGAGGCCCCACUGGUGA